CAUAAUUCGUUUGAUCCGGUUGCACGCGGUUUGAUCCGAUGUUCCGUAUCAUUCCGCAUGUAUUUGUGCAGUCUCUCGUUUGACCCUCAUUCCAUCGUUUAUGCUUUGUUCCUUCACGUGUUAUGACUUUGGAUUGUGGCCAACGAAACACGAAGCGGCGUGAGCCGCCCUCGAGGAGAUCGAGACCACCGGGAAAUUGGUCAUCAAUAGACUGCCUGCGUACACGUUUGAUGGGCAAUUGAUGGAGCCAGAAGAGUACAUGAGCCUGUUGCCGGGUGCCACCGUUGCGCUGACGUUUGAAUUGACGCACUGGGCGUUCAAAGAACACAAGCGCGACCACUUCACAGCGAACAUCGUCAAAAUAUGUGUCAUUGAAGAACGACGCCAGCUCGCUGUGUCUCCGAAAAAGCGCCGCUGGGCUGUGAAAGUCGACUUGGGUUCCAGCCCUGCCAAGAAGACCCGCUCAAAAUGAGGGGUGCAUACAAAUCAUUGUAAUUGUAUCGUUUCUAUUGUAACUUGUGACUGCUAUUGAGUUGGUGCU